CAAAAAAACACUAUUUAAGAGCCAGACUUUCUCCUAUUCAACAUCAGACGCCGAGAAGGAAGAAGAGAAGAUAAUUCUGCAGCAGGUCAUCAUUUUGGACAUUGCAUGAACUUCACCAUGAAGAUACUAGCUGUGUCUGUACUUCUUGUUGCCAUGAUGGCUCUGGCUCUGGCUACUGAAGCUCCUCCAGAAGCAGAGGCAGCUGCGGUGACAGAAGCACCGGUUCAAGAAGAUGAAGCAGCUGAUGACAGUUCAAACAAAGAGACUGAAUCAGAAGAUGAAGAGGGGGAAGAGGCAGAAUCCACAGAGGGAGAAAAAAAACAUUAUGUUGCCAAGAGAUCUACAUGCCCUGGUGGUUGGCGUCUGGAGAAAAAAAUCUAUUACCGCUACUUUGGAUACAGUAAGACUUGGGCUGAGGCUGAGGCAUACUGUAGGGCCUUAGGUGGAACCCUAGCAUCUGUGCACAACAGCCAUGAAAAUCAUAUGAUCCUUGUUGUGGCAGGCACCAAAGACGCAUGGAUCGGAUUCUCUGAUGCACAGCAGGAACGUUACUGGUUCUGGAGUGAUGGUACACGUUUCGACUACCGGAACUGGUGUGGCGCACAGCCUGAUAACGCAGGAAAGAAAGAACACUGUGCACUUUAUAGAGGGAACUGUUGGCAUGACGUGCCUUGUUCAUCCCGUCUGCCAUUUGUCUGUACACGUCGUUGAUUCCAGGACCGUCACGGAGGCAUGAAGUAGCUGUGAAAAGCACAAACAUUGGAGGAUGUGCGUUUGUGUUUUUGUGCACACUCAUCUGUCUUUGUGUCAUCAGUCUCAAACAUAACCCGAAGGCUUUAUAUCUCAAAUCAAAUCUGUAUUUCUUUGCUAUUGCUGUAACGCUACUUAAGGAAGGAAGCGACAAGUGACAUAAACAGGGGCUGCUUCUUCGGCCUUGUGCUGAGGAGCAGAUUGAACGGUAAUGAAAGGAACGCUUUUUGCAUAACUUUAUCCUGCAGUAAUCUGUCUUUCUUGUAUCAUGCAUGAUUAAUCAAUAAAACGCU